AUGUUAGGAAUUUCUUUUAUCAAAAUUCUUUUCCCUAUUUUUUUAAUUGAAAACUGUAUUGAACCUUAAGGAAGUGAUUGCUACAAUAAUGGUUGGUCUAUACCAAACAAAGUAGUGAAUUGCGCAGGAAAAUUAUAUUUAGGUCCUUUUGGAUAAAGGACUACUAUAUCAAAAGAAUUUUAUUGCCCACCAGGUACUUAUUUAAAAUUGUCUUUCACAUCUGGAAUUUUCGAUUCUUGGGAUCGCGAAUAUCUAUAUGUUGAAGUUGAUGAUGAAAUAAUCGAUAAAAGUAAGUGUUUUUGUUUUGAUGGAAAAUAUAUAUGUCGUAAUACCAUUUGGUAGUAUUAGUUAGUGGAGAAAACAAUUACAAUUGUAUCUAAAUUGGGGAAAAAUAAAAUAAAAAUUUCUAUAUAUGAUAAUUUAGAUAAUCCUCUUGAUGAUGGUAAUGUAUACCUAUUUUAUAGAAUAAUGGCGAAUUAGAGAUAUAAGGUUAGAGAUUGGAUAUCCAUGUGUUGAUUUUUUUAGUGAGUGCAAUUUUCAAGGUGAUUAAUGGAAUUUGUUCUGGAAAUAACACAACUCCAACUAGACAAAUACCUUUCUAAAUUAAAUCAAUUUUAAUAAUAAUUUUAAUAAUGAGUGGGAUUGUUGUAAAAUUAAGGGAUCCAAAAUAUAUGGGAGGUGAAACUCAAACAUACACUUCAAAUUAAACUUGUAUGUUAGAUUAUAAUGUAUAAAUCAAAUUUCUAAUUAGUUUCCUAGAUAUUAAAAGUAAAAUUGA